AUGCGUAACAAUCGCUACCACCCGUACAAGAAGCAGCAGCAACAACAACAACAACAACAACAACCGGGGUCAGAGAGUACGGCCAAGUGUCUGACCGCGAGCUCUGGUUGUUCGAACGGGAGCAGCGGCGUGGACGGGGGUGGCAGGGCCGGUGGUAAGCUCAAGCGGGUGCGCACUAUUUUCACGGCCGAGCAGCUGGAACGGCUCGAGGACGAAUUUACGCGGCAGCAGUACAUGGUGGGUCCGGAGCGGUUGUACUUGGCGCACGCACUUCGGCUGACGGAGGCUCAGGUGAAGGUGUGGUUUCAGAACAGGCGGAUCAAGUGGCGGAAGCACAAUCACGAGCAAACGAGCCAGAGGCUGCACGAGCUGGUGCUCCACGAGAGGGAGGACAGCAAUGAAAACGCGGCCGAGUGGUGA